CAGCUCCAACGCUCUCCAUAAAGACGCCCCUCAGUAAACAGUCGAGAGAUAGAAAAGUGUUUUUGCGAUUGAAGUAACAAUGGUGACGAUCAAAGCCGUUAAAGCUCGCCAGAUCUUCGACAGCCGUGGAAAUCCAACCGUCGAAGUUGAUGUCAUUUGUGAUGAUGGAACUUUUGCUAGGGCUGCUGUUCCCAGUGGUGCUUCCACAGGUGUUUACGAGGCUUUGGAAUUGAGAGAUGGGGGUUCAGAUUAUCUCGGAAAAGGCGUACUCAAGGCUGUGAAUAAUGUGAAUUCAAUCAUCGGACCUGCAUUGAUUGGCAAGGACCCAACAGAACAGACCAAAAUUGACAACUUCAUGGUGCAAGAACUCGAUGGGACAGUUAAUGAAUGGGGCUGGUGCAAACAAAGGCUUGGCGCAAAUGCUAUAUUAUUGGCAGUUCCACUUGCUGUAUGUAAAGCAGGAGCUAUGGUGAAUAAGAUUCCCCUUUACAAGCACAUUGCGAAUCUUGCUGGUAACAAAACUUUGGUGCUACCUGUACCUGCAUUCAAUGUCAUCAAUGGGGGUGAAAAGUUCUCUGAAAUUGUUGGAAGUCCAUAUUACAUGGCUCCGGAGGUGCUCAAGUGGAACUAUGGACUAGAAAUAGAUAUAUGGAGUGCAGGACUUGCAAAUGUCAUGGGUCGCAAUGAGUGGCUUACAUAUUCGAGGAAGGAUUUGUCAACUGGCUGGCUUCAUUGUGAUCCUGAUCCAUUGUUUAAACCAGAGUACUUCACUUUACCAGGGUGGGUUCUUAAUUGGGAUCAAUUUGACAUGCAAGGUGAAUCCACGGAUAUUAGCAAAGCGGUGGCAACAAAUUGUGGACAGAGCUUGAGCACCCAUGCCUACAGAACUCGUAGAUCGCCUUUUUGGUAA